UUCAUUGAAAGAAUUCACACAUCAAUGAGUUAUCAAACUUGAUCAUUGAAAUAUUGAAUCUUUUUGAGCAAAAAGUGUAGUGAAGAAAAAUUCUUUACAAACAGAAAAAGUUUUCACGCAUAUUGUGAAUCAUAAGAUACUGAUGAUUUGAAGUGUAAUAUAAGAACGUGUUAUACGAUUAAAAAUUGCAUUCUAUCAAAUACAUACAUGAGUUUGUUAAUGUACAGAGAUUGAUAUUGUGCAUCGAAUUUGGCAAACAUUUAUUUGUCGUUAUUUAAAUGUGUAGAUAAUUAUUCGCAACAAAGAUUGCUAAUAUGGGGGAGCAACCUAUUUUCUCCUGUAAUGCACAUGUAUUUCACAUUGAUCCGAAAACUAAAAGAACAUGGAUUACGGCUAGUUCCAAGGCGAUUUCCGUCAGCUUUUUCUAUGACUCGUCUAGAAAUCUAUACCGCAUUAUUAGCGUGGAAGGAAGUAAGGCGGUGAUCAAUUCUACAAUUACCCCAAACAUGACAUUUACGCAGACAUCACAAAAAUUUGGCCAAUGGAGUGAUGUCCGUGCUAAUACGGUUUAUGGUUUAGGAUUUGCCUCAGAAAGUGAACUUGGCAAGUUUAUUGAAAAAUUUCAGGAAGUUAAGGAAGCAACAAAAAAUGCGCUCAAUAAAGCUUCGGCUAACGGUAAUCCGCCGGUUACAUCAGCCAAUGCUUCUCCAGUUACUGCUCGUUCUACUGUAGUUAACAGCGAUAAUUUUGAACCUAAUAUUUCUGAUGCUCCCAUCACACCAGCAAACAUAGUGGUUACUAACACAAAAACGGACAGCCCAUCUCAUCCUACAAUAAAUGAUACAUCAAAUAAUGUUAGUACGCUGAGUAAUGAAUUGAAGCAAAUAUCUCUGAAUUCAUCAUCUAGCGACGGAAUGACGACCUCAUCAGCUGAACAACAGCUUAAGUACGAGAACGAACGGCUUAAAUUAGCACUAGCACAAAGCUCAGCGAAUGCGAAGAAAUGGGAGAUAGAACUGGCCACUUUGAAAAGUAACAAUCUCCGGUUAACGAGCGCCUUGCAGGAAUCCACAGCAAAUGUAGAUGAAUGGAAGAGACAGCUGCAUUCCUACAAAGAGGAAAACCAGCGUUUGAAGGUUCGUUAUCAGGAGCUUGAAGCAUCAAAAUCCAGUACAGCAAACUGCAAUAGUGGUGGCCCUGCAGUAGGUAAUAACGAACUUGCCGAUGACCUCCGAAGGGAAAUAUUGGUACUGAAGAGUAGAAUCGAAGAUUUAGAAAAGGAAUUAAUGAAUCAAGAAGUCGAAUUGAAAGCUGCUAACAAAAGUUUAAAAGAUAAACAGAAUGAUCCCACGGUCAAGCAACUCACGAGCUUGUGUAGUCAGUUUGGAAUACACAUAGAUGAAUUGAGUGGACUUCAAAAGGAAAUGGAAAAAGUUAUCCAAGUUCAUCAUAAAACCACAUGAGAAUUAUGUUAUAAGGAUAAAGAAAUGCAACGCCCUAUGAUAGAAACGGAAAUUGAUGAAGAGGAAUGUUGUGAAAACGGCAAUGAAUACAAAACAAUUACCAAUAAUUUAACCUGCAGUUUAGCGGCCAACAAUAACGACGAGAUUGACUAUAAUAGAUGUAUACUUGAAAAUUGUAGCUCACUUACUUGUCAGUGUCAGCAGGCAGGUCCGGAUAACACAGCUGUACCACGUAAACACGUAAAUGUGGUGAACACACCAAAAACAGCGCUCGUUACCCGAACAAAUUCUGGCAUUGUUUUGAUUUCUACUAAAAUGAAUCAAUCCGACGAGAAUAAACUUCUCCAAUUCAAUAAAUGUACUAUCAACAGUGCUCUAAAUAAAACUAAUCUGGAAAUACUCACUACCACGGUUCAGGGUACAACACAAGAGCCCUUAGAUCUAUCUACGCAUAAGCAAAACAAAAAUAUAUGUAGCUACCAACAGGAGCAGCCAAAAACAGCUACAAUUCUGGUUUCAAAAUCAAAAACGAAAACCGGACUUCCACUUCUGUUGAAAAAGUCGAAAUAGCGAAUAUUAAACUUUUAAGUUCAUGUGUAUACCAUGUUUAUAGUUGUCGAUUGUAUAACUAAUUUUAUCAUUAGCGAACAAAAACUUCCAUUUAAUACGCUUUUAUCCUGAAUGGCUCAUUAUUCUGAAAUACCUCAUCACGUAUGUAUAGGCAUAAUAAAAUCGGUUGCCAUAAAUGCUAUUUGUUUAAAGUAUUAAUCACCAGUAGUAUUUUUAGGUUAAUUUUCAGGGCGAUUAUCAUUCAAAAUGUUUAUCAAAGAUAAAAAUCAAGAAUCUUGCAAUUCGAUUAUACAUUUCCUACACAUUGUGUGAUGUUUUACAAAAUUAUAUCUCUAAAUAUUCAUAUUUUCUAUUCAUGUGUAUGUUUUAUUCAACCAAAGUUUUGUUAUAAUUAGUUUU